AAGAAAAAUUGUGACAUGCCAGAGGUACUACGCGGACAGGGAUAGUUAACGCACUGAUCAGUUGGGUUGAAGAAUUUCAGUGAUAAAAUGUUCUAUUCACGAAGUGCACUUCGAAACAUGUCACGACUUAUUGAACUUGCAGUCCGCAUGAAAAAUGCGCAUGUGCCAAGGGUCUCUGUCUCCACUGGGCCCCAACAGCAGCAUGGUACUUUUUAUGAGUUCCGCACUUAUUGCAUUCGGCCCGACCAAAAUGCUGCCUUCCUCAAAUUAACCAAUGAGAAAAUCCACCUUCGCACGGCACAUUCCGAACUUCUUGGUUACUGGAGUGUUGAGUAUGGAGGUCUCAAUCAGGUCUUUCACAUCUGGAAAUAUGACAGCUAUUCUCAGCGUGCAGGUGUACGGGCAGCCUUGGCUCAGGACCCCAACUGGAUUGAGCAGUACAUUUCAAAGGCCAUGCCAAUGCUGACAUCUCAAGAUAAUGAGGUUACGUACUUGGUACCCUGGUGCAACAUUGUGAAACCACCGAAAGAGAACGGUGUAUAUGAACUAGCCACAUACCAAAUGAAGCCAGGGGGACCUGCUGUGUGGGGGGAGGCCUUUCAGGCAGCUGUAAGCACUCACUCAAAGCCAGGCUAUGCUCACCUCGUGGGAGUCUUCCAUAGCGAAUUUGGGCUGCUUAAUCGAGCUCUAGUGCAUACCCUGUGGUGGUAUGACAGUCCAGACCAGCGUGCCGCUAUCCGACACAAAGCCCAUGGAGACCCCCGUGUAGUGGCAGCAGUGAGGGAGAGCGUUGUUUACCUGGAAUCACAGAGAAAUAAGCUGAUGUUCCCGACUCCAUUCUCCCCCCUGAAAUGACCUGUCACAGGGCAGACCACAGCUACACGCUGAGUAACACAAUGUUCUGAGUCUUACUGAAAAUAGACUAAGUCUUAAGUCAUAAAUACCCGCCUUAUUACACAGACAUUCUGCUAUUCACUACUAAUGUUUUUGAUUUCUGAAAUGGACUAGUCUUACAAAAUUCAACUAUCCUCACCUCGUUAUUAAUAAAUAAUUUAAGUGCUGACAUUAUGGCAGAUUUACUGAGAUUAGAAUUUGAUUAUCUUUUAUAAUUUGGAAUAAGAAUAGGGCAGACUUUUGGGAGCCGUUCCAAGACCUUUGCAGUGUUAAUGCUUUUGUUAUUUACGAGGCUUAAGAUAAAUACUUUCCUAGUUCAGCUGCAAAGUUUUGUGUUCUCACCUGAACACAGUGACCGUGUUACUCAUGCACUCUCUGCUUCUGAGUGCCUGCACUUCAGAGUUGUUCUUUCUGUAUUGUUAUACAGCAAUAAUAUAUGUUUACGCGAUAUGAGAAUUACAUUAUACACAUUCCAUAUGUAUAUUUAAGGGACCUUCAGUGCAUUUCUCAGUCUGUUGCAUAUAGUAAGGUAAAUUUCAAUGUAUGCAGUAAUGUAACAAUGUACCUUUUUGUAAAAUUAGGAUUUGAUGCAAUAAAUUCAAAGCCUGAACAAACUGAA